AUCAGCACUGUAAGCGCAGUUGCUCUGGAGAAGUGGCUAAGUGGACAGGCAGACGGAUAGGGGACAGCUACAACAACAAAAGUAGAAAGUGCACAGAGAAAGAGCUUAGCUAGCAGUUUGGGUCUGCAGCUGUUGCAAAUUUGGACUUCUUAUUUGGAGCUAAAGAGGCGCUGACAUGGGUAGGUUUAGCUGUCAAAGUGAGUUUUUAGCUAUGAGAAUGUUGGAAGGGUAGGCAGUGUGAGUGGAGAUAUCUGGAGUGGCAUUGAACCCGCAACCUGUACUUUUUGGAGAUGGACUAAAUUUGGUGAUUGACCUCCAAGCCUUUUUGGAAGUGACCCCAGUAGAAAUAAAAAAAAAAAAAAAAAGAACAAGUCUGGAUAUAUUUGUGUUUUUGUAAAUUUUCGCCAAAGGAUUCUUGGAAGAAAAUUGAAAUUGCUGGCUACGGUGGACCAGCCUGGAGGUGUCUGUUCUGAGGGACUUGUCUAGUUGAUCUUACCCCUAGAACAUGGGCGCUUUCUGGGGUAGCGUCUGGCUGCUGCUGGCUGGACUUGUGGUUCUCAGGACAGAAGGUUAUGGAGCUCAGAAUAAGAACAACAUCCCCAGGUUAAAACUUUCUUAUAAAGAAAUGCUGGAGUCCAACAACCUGGAGACGUUCGAGGGUCUGCCCAACAGUUCGUCCUACCACACGUUUCUUCUGGACGAGGAGAAGGGGAGGCUGCUGGUGGGAGCCAAGGACCACAUCUUCUCAUUCAACCUCCUCAACAUCAGCCAGGAAUACACACAGAUUCCAUGGUUGGCCGCUCCGAACAGACGAGAUGAAUGCAAAUGGGCAGGCAAAGAUCUAUCGAGGGAGUGCUCAAACUUCAUCAAGGUCCUCCAGCCAUUCAACCACACACAUGUUUACGCGUGUGGGACAGGAGCCUUCCACCCCGUGUGCACCUAUCUGGAGGUGGGACGCAAGCCCGAGGAUGGCGUGUUUCGGUUGGAGCCCCACAUCGAGAACGGCCGUGGGAAGAGUCCUUAUGAUCCCCGGCUCACCACAGCGUCCAUGCUUAUUGAUGGGGAGCUGUACGCAGGCACGUCAGCCGACUUCAUGGGCCGCGACUUCGCCAUUUUCAGGACCCUCGGGAAACAUCAUCCAAUCAGGACGGAGCAGCAUGAUUCCAGGUGGUUAAAUGACCCUCGUUUUGUCGGAGUGUACCAGGUCCCAGAGAGCGACAAUCCUGAAGACGACAAGAUCUACCUGUUCUUCAGGGAGAACGCCAUGGAUGGGGAGUACGCCGGGAAGGCCACCUACGCACGCAUCGGACAACUCUGCAAGAAUGACUUGGGAGGCCACAGGAGCCUGGUGAAUAAGUGGACCACGUUUCUAAAAGCCCGCCUCAUCUGCUCUGUGCCAGGGACUAACGGCAUUGACACACACUUUGACGAACUGCAGGAUGUUUUUCUCAUGAGCUCUAAGGAUCCCAAGAGUCCAAUUGUCUAUGCAGUCUUCACCACCUCCAGUAACAUCUUUAAAGGCUCGGCGGUGUGCAUGUACAGUAUGGCAGACAUCAGGAGGGUCUUCCUGGGUCCGUACGCUCACAGAGAUGGACCCAACUACCAGUGGGUGCCUUUUCAGGGGCGUGUUCCUUACCCACGGCCUGGGACAUGUCCGAGCAAAACCUUUGGAGGAUUUGACACGACAAAGGACCUUCCGGAUGAGGUGGUGACUUUCGCCCGGGCCCACCCCGCCAUGUUCAACCCCAUCUACCCCAUCAACAACCGUCCCAUCAUCGUCAAGACCGACGUGGACUACCAGUUCACCCAGAUCGUGGUGGACAAGGUGGAGGCGGAGGACGGCCUGUAUGACGUCAUGUUCAUAGGCACAGACAUAGGAACGGUCCUGAAGGUGGUGUCCAUCCCCAGAGGGUCCUGGCACGAUCUGGAGGAGGUCCUACUGGAGGAGAUGACAGUCUUCAGAGAACCCACCGCCAUCACUGCAAUGGAGCUUUCUACUAAACAGCAACAGCUAUAUUUGGGCUCGGACAUUGGUGUAUCCCAGAUGCCCUUACACCGCUGCGAGGUGUAUGGGAAAGCCUGUGCCGAGUGCUGCCUGGCCCGGGAUCCCUACUGCGCCUGGGACGGCUCUGAGUGCUCAAGAUACUUCCCCAUGGCCAAGAGGAGGACGAGGAGGCAGGACAUCAGGAAUGGAGACCCGCUCACACAGUGCUCAGACCUCCAACACGACGAGGAGCUGAACGGGCUGACCACGCUGCAGGAUAAGACGGUGUACGGGGUGGAGAACAGCAGCACCUUCCUGGAGUGUAGCCCCAAGUCCCAGAGAGCCCGCACCCACUGGCAGUACCAGCGCUCCGGGGACCAGCGCAGGGAGGAGGUCAAAUCCGAGGAUCGCUUCAUCCGCACAGACCAGGGCUUGCUGAUCCGCACUCUCUCCAAGUCAGACUCUGGAGUGUACAUCUGUCAGGCUGUGGAGCACGGCUUCAUGCAAACGCUGCUAAAGGUCACCCUGGAGGUCAUCGGCACGGAGCGGCUGGACAACCUCCUCCAGCGUGACGGAGAGGGGGCCGCAGCCAACGCCUACGCCCCACCCCAGGAGACGCCCAAUCAGAAGCUGUGGUACCGCGACUUCCUGUCACUGGUCAACCACCCCACUUUGCACAGCGUCGAUGAGUUUUGCGAGCAGAUCUGGAAGCGUGAGAGGAAGCACAGAAAACAGAAAGCGCACAUGGUUCAGGCUCAGCAGCAGCAGCAGCAGCAGCAGGCAAAGACAAUACUGAGUCCAAGCGUUCACGCGCAUAGUCAAAUUCACGCGCCCAGUUUGGCUGCGAAAUGGAAGCAUCUUCAAGAAAGGCAGAAGGGUCGGAAUCGGAGAACCCACGAUAUACAAAGAGCUCCACGUAGUAUCGACUGACUGGACUUGGGAGUAACUGAAAUCCUAACCAGAUGAUGAGACUGGAAAAUAGACAAUGUUAACAGCUCUGACUUUUACGGACGGCUGCUGAAAAGUGGACACUGGAUGACACAAUUAUUUGCAGUAGUGUAAGGAUUUAAUAUGAACAUUUUCAAAGUGG